AUAGCAUUUGGCGUAGUUCAUAUUGUCAAAGUUAAUAUUUGACAGCGUUUAAAUAUGACUAAUGAUAUAUCUAAAAAGAAGGGGAAGAGUUCGGGUGAGAAAAAGGGGAAAAGAAAAGCCAAAAGAAGAGAGACUUACGCGAUGUACAUCUAUAAAGUUUUGAAACAGGUCCAUCCGGACACGGGCAUUUCAAGCAGAGCAAUGAGCAUCAUGAACUCCUUCGUGAAUGACCUGUUUGAGAGGAUUGCCACAGAGGCGUCCCGGCUGGCUCAGUACAAUAAACGCUCCACCAUCACCAGCAGAGAGGUGCAAACUGCGGUGAGACUGCUGCUGCCCGGGGAGCUGGCUAAACACGCCGUGUCUGAGGGAACCAAAGCUGUCACCAAGUACACCAGCUCCAAAUGAAGACUUCAACACCCAUAAAGUUGUUGCGACAAAGAUU